AUGAGCGCCCCCGUGAUGGUCCUGCCCGUCAACACCAAGAGAGAAACCGGGCGAGCGGCGCAGCUUGGAAACAUCACAGCCGCAAAGGCGGUAGCCGACAUCAUCCGGACCACCUUGGGACCCAGGUCUAUGCUGAAGAUGCUCCUGGACCCCAUGGGCGGUAUCGUCAUCACCAACGACGGCAACUGCAUCCUUCGAGAGGUUGACGUGGCCCACCCGGCAGCCAAGAGCAUGAUCGAGCUCAGCCGUGCUCAGGAUGAGGAAGUCGGAGAUGGUACCACUUCUGUCAUCAUUCUCACCGGAGAGAUGCUUUCGGUGGCGGAGCCCAUCCUCACCAGGGGCGUGCACCCGACUCAGAUCGUGAUGGGGUACGCGCGCGCUCUGCAGACGGCGCUAGACGCUUGCGAUGCCCUGGCAGAGACCAUUGACGUGGACAACGGCCCGCAGCUGAAGAAAUUGGUAGACGCCGCUGUGGGAACCAAGUUUUCGCACAGGUGGGGCGACAAGUUGGUGUCGAUGGCGAUCGACGCGGUGAAGCGUGUCCGAACGGUGGUGGACGGGCGCGUGGAGGUGGACGUGAAGCGCUACGCGAGGGUGGAGAAGAUCCCCGGCGGAGAGAUGGAGGACUGCACGGUGUUGGACGGAGUUAUGUUCAACAAGGACGUCACGCACUCCAAGAUGAGGAGAAGGAUCGAGAACCCGCGCGUGCUGCUGCUCGACUGUCCGCUAGAGUACAAGAAGGGAGAGUCCCAGACGAAUGUUGAGGUAACCAAGGAGGAGGACUGGAACACCCUGCUAAGGAUGGAGGAGGAGUACAUCGAGAACAUCUGUGCUCAGAUCGUGGCCUUCCACCCCGACAUCGUCAUCACCGAAAAGGGGGUCAGCGACCUCGCACAGCACUACCUCAUGAAGGCCGACAUUACGGCGUUCCGCAGACUGCGCAAGACGGACAACAACCGCAUCGCUCGUGCCGUUGGUGCGACGGUGGUGAGCAGGCCUGACGAGAUCCAGGAGUCGGACAUCGGCACCGGCUGCGGGCUGUUCGAGGUCCGCAAGAUCGGAGACGAGUACUUUACGUUCCUGGAGGGCUGCAAGGACGCCAAGGCUUGCACCGUGCUGCUGAGGGGCGGCAGCAAGGACGUGCUGAACGAGGUCGAACGGAACCUCGCCGACGCCAUGCAGGUGGUGCGCAAUGUGGUGUUCGAGCCGCGCCUGCUACCCGGUGGUGGUGCGACUGAGAUGGCGGUGUCGCAGGCUUUGUCCAAGAAGGCGCAGGAGGUGGAAGGUGUGCAGCAGUGGGCAUUCAAGGCGGCAGCUUCUGCGCUGGAGGUCAUCCCCCGCACGCUCGCCCAGAACUGCGGGGCAAACGUCGUGCGAGUGCUCACACAGCUGAGGGCAAAGCACGCCAACGAGGCCAAGUGCACCUGGGGGAUCGACGGCACGACCGGCGUGAUGACCGACAUGAGGGACCUCGGGAUCUGGGAGCCCUUCACGGUCAAGACGCAGACCUACAAGACCGCGGUAGAGGCGGCUUGCAUGAUCCUUCGUAUAGACGACAUCGUGUCUGGGAUUAAGCACGGACAAAAACAGGGUUAAGGGCUACAAACCAAUGCAGCGACGCGCAUCGCAUGCGAACGAGCAGCGUGUAAGAUUCUAACUGUUUGUUGAAAGCGCAUGGUGGGCAAAAGAAUGCACGCCGGACGCCAGUCUUGGUUUAUUGGUUUCCGAAAAAAGAUGUCAAAACAUCAAAACAUACGAGGCCGUUUUCGAUUUGCAAAGGCGAUGUGUGUUGGUA